AUGGUUCGUGUUAUAAUCAAAGGUGGAGUUUGGAAGAAUACAGAGGAUGAAAUUCUUAAAGCAGCUAUUAUGAAAUAUGGCAAAAAUCAAUGGAGCCGAAUUGCCUCUUUGCUUCAUCGAAAAUCCGCAAAGCAAUGUAAAGCUAGGUGGUAUGAAUGGCUUGACCCACGAAUUAAAAAGACAGAAUGGUCUAGAGAAGAGGACGAAAAACUUCUCCAUUUGGCCAAAAUUAUGCCUACUCAGUGGCGUACAAUUGCUCCAAUUGUGGGAAGAACUGCUGCUCAGUGUUUGGAAAGAUAUGAAUAUCUUCUAGACGAAGCCCAACGUCGUGCUGAAGGUAUUGAAGAGGAGGAUUCUCUAAAAGAGGCUAAGAAGCUAAAGCCUGGUGAUGUUGAUCCAACACCAGAAACUAAACCGGCUAGGCCUGAUCCAAUUGAUAUGGAUGAAGAUGAAUUGGAAAUGUUAUCAGAAGCCCGAGCUCGUCUAGCCAACACACAAGGAAAGAAAGCAAAGCGCAAAGCUCGUGAAAAGCAAUUAGGCGAGGCUCGAAGACUUGCUUCUCUACAAAAACGAAGGGAACUUCGAGCCGCUGGAAUAAUUAUUGGAUCUGGUUGGGCCUAUAAAAUGAAGAAGCAUCGUCUAAUGGAUUAUAAUAAUGAAAUACCCUUUGAAAAACAAGUCCCAGCAGGAUUUCAUGAUCCAAGCGAGGAUAAAUUUGAUAAGGCACAGAAAACGAUGGUGGAAGAAAAAAGACGAGAUUGGCAGGAAAGGGAUGAUAGGAAGGCGGAUAAAGACAAGCUGAAGAAAAGAAAAAACGAAGACUUGCCCGAAUCAAUAUUUGGUGAAAAACAUGAAAAGAAGCGAAGCAAACUCAUUUUACCAGAACCACAAAUUUCUGAUAAAGAAUUGGAAGAUAUAAUAAAAAUUGGACAUGUAUCUGAUUCUGUUAGAGAAUUGGUUGAUGAUAAUCCUUCUAGUACUCUUCUACAUGAUUAUAACGAAUCUGCAAGAAUGAACGCAUUUUCGGCUAGGACACAAAGAGCUGCUGUUGGGGAUGUUGAUACAGUUGCUAGGGCAGCAGAUGAUUUAUUAGCUCUUAUAAACGUCGAAACACCACUUAAAGGAGGUCUCAACACUCCUCUUCACAAUCACGACUUUAGCGCUCCUGGAAGUCAACGUCAACCAAUUUCUACACCAAACACUGUUCUUUCUGCAAUGGCAGCGACUCCAAAGAAUGUUGGGGUUGGACAAACUCCCGGAUCUCAACGAACUUUGGCUUCUUCAACACCAGGUGGAGCAUCUACAACAACAACAGAAAUGAAUACACCAUUUAGAGACCAAUUAAAUAUAAACCCAAUUUCUGAUGAAACUAGGCCUUCAAAAAAAGAAUUACAACAACAAUUCUAUCAAUUACCAAAACCUAAAAAUGAUUUUGAAUUGACUGAAGUUGGGGAUGAAGAUGAUGAAGAGGGAGGAUUGAGAGAGGAAUGGAUUGAAGAUGCCGCUGAACUUGAAAAGCGUCGUCAAGCAAUAGCCGAAAAGAAGAAAGCACUCGAAUUGGAAAAACGAACAAAAGCCUUUCAACGACAAUUACCUCUUCCAUCAAAAUUAAAUAUUGAAUAUAAGAAGCGUGGGGCAGGUGGAACAGAUUUACAUAAGGCGGAUGAUCUAAUAAAAUCAGAAAUGUAUUCAUUAAUGGAAUGGGAUGUAGAAGGUAAAGAACCUCCUCCAAAACAAAUUUAUUCAAAAGAAGCAAUGGAAUUAGCCAAAAAAAUGAUUGAUAUUGAAGCAACUAAAAUGGCUGAAGCAGAAGAUAUUGAAUUAAAAUUGGAUAGUCAAAUGUGGCAAGUUGUUGCUAAUUGUUUUGGUGAAUUGGUCAAAUUUCAAAAUAGAUUUACUAGACUUUCUAAUUUGUCAAAGAGAGAUCAAUUGGAAGUUUUGUCUGAACGGUUUAAGGUUCUUUUUGGUUGGAUGACUUCACAAGCAACAAAAAUGCAAAAAUUGGAAAAGAAAGUUCGUUUAAAGCUUGGGGGAUAUAUGAGUAUAGAGUCGUCUCUAACAGCCAAACUUCAAGAAUUAGCUAAACAACGAGAAACUGGACUUUUGGAAUUAAAAACAUUUAAAAGGUUGGAACAGAACGAGCAAAAGGCGAUUGUUAAAAGAAUUAAUUCUUUGACUGCGGAGUUAAAAGAACAAGAAAUUCGAGAAAAAAAUUUACAAAAACGUUUUUCUUUUUUGCAACACCGUAAAUGGGAAUUGGAACAAUUAGAGAAGAAGGAGAAUGCUACAAGUGGACAAGAACCUAUUCGUUAUGCUUCUUUUGAAAAUGUUGGGCAUUCUUGA